UGAAUCCGUGCUGUUCGUCGAGAACGGCAAGUAAGCGCGUUUGUUUCUCGUUGUGCGUUUCGCGGUGGUACGAAUGACAGGGAAGUUGCCGAUCACGCGAUACGAUCUAUCGUCGGUAGAAAGAUGCAGGUGAGCGCAUGAGCACGUCGACGAGAGACGCGUGCGUUCAGUGAGAAAAUGUGAGCCGGAACCGAAAGUCGCGGAAACUCCAGCAGCUGUUCGUCGGAUGAGAAGACGAAGUGGCGGUGAUCCACGAGGAAGAAGUUUUUUCUCUACGUUGGAACAAGUCGAGGAGAAGAAAGAUGGAGACUUCUCAGGGAUACGAAGAUCAUACCAUAUAUAAGACACGAUCACCCUGCAGCCUGCGAAAACUGGGAGACAUGAUGCCGGCUCGUGUGGUGCUCUACAUGCUGUCGUUCUCCGGAUUCACGGUCUCGUUCAUGAUGAGGAACGACAUCAACAUCGCCAUGGUGGCGAUGGUGAAACCAGCGUCCGCGACAUCGUACACCAAUGUCGCGGCGACGUCCCAACACUGUUACGCAACGCUGAACACGACGUUCACCAACAACAGUACACCGAUCAGACCUGAGGAUCAAGGAGAAUUCGACUGGAGUCCAACCAUACAAUCCGCCAUCAGUGGCUCGUUCUACUGGUGUUACAUCCUGUCACAAGUCGUCGGCGGUGUUCUGACACAGUACUUCGGCACGAAGACAGUUUUCGGUGGCUCGCAAUUGAUCACAGCAAUAUGUAGCUUGCUGAUGCCUUCUGCAGCAGGUAUCCAUUAUGGCUUCAUGAUCGCUCUGCGCAGUAUACAGGGUAUCGCCAGUGGUCUCACGUGGCCCGCGAUGUACGCCAUAGUCGGACACUGGAUCCCACCGGUGGAGCGUUCACGUUUCAUGUCUUCCUUCCAAGGGUUCAGCUUCGGCAUCGGGAUAACCUAUCCACUGUGCGGAUUCAUCAUUGCUCAUUUCGGAUGGAGAGCGGUGUUCUACACGACCGGCAGCAUCGGUAUGUUCUGGUGCCUUUUCUGGUACUUCUUCGCCUUCGACACGCCUGCCUCGCAUCCGAGAAUAUCCCAGCAGGAGCUACGGUACAUUCAGAGCAGCGUUGGAAAUCAGGUUCAUGGGACGAACGAGAGUAUGCCUGUUCCAUGGAGAUCCAUCCUCACAUCCUGGCCAGCAUGGUCAAUAGGGAUCACCACGUUCGGAAGAAUAUGGGUGCACUAUAUCUUCAUCAUCUCUGGACCAAUGUACAUGAAGACAGUUCUAGGAUUCAGUAUUCAAGCGAAUGGUGUUCUCUCAGGUUUACCAUUCAUCUGUAGCUACUUCAGCUCCGUUGCCUUCUGUUAUGUCGCUGACGUUCUCGUCACACGACAGAUUAUGUCGUUGACGAACGUUCGUAAAGUGUUCACCGCUUCCUCACAAGUAGUUCCUGGUAUAAUGUUAGUGUUGAUCGGCUACCUGGGCUGCGAUGUAGUUCUCGUUUUAGUCGUGUGGUUCAUAGCCGUCACUCUUAUCACUGCUGCCUAUGCUGGAGCAAUGGCGAGCAUCGUUGACAUCGCUCCAAAUUUUGCCGGUCCAAUAUUGGCGUUCGCGCAAACAAUUCACAUGUCCGCCAGUUUCCUCUCCCCCGUCGUGGCUGGUUUGCUCACUCAGGAAAGCCAAGCACUCGACGCGUGGAGGCAAGUGUUCGGUGUGACCGCGUGCGUCGCGUGCGGCACAUACCUGGUCUAUCAGAUAUUCGGCACCGGUGACAUCCAGCCGUGGAACUAUCCCGAUAAAAAGUAUCCGCAGUCGGUUCCAGAGGACUCGCAACCCUUGAACGAAUCUCCUCGAAAGAACGGUAAAAUCGUCAAGUCCCAGUCGAACACUUCCGAGGAAGCGUAACACAGUCCAGUACGCUCGUUCAACGAAGAAACAAGCUCGCUUCGUGUCUCGAGAUGUUAUCAAUUAUCUCCGUGCGUCUCGAACGAAACAGGCGAUCUGAGAUUCUCUAUAGUUUAUAGACGUACGCAAACAUA